CGGAGACGCUCCAUCCGCCCCCUCUCGGAGUUCUUGGGUGGAUCGGGUGCACCUCCUCCCUAGCUACCUUCUCCACCAAGCGGUUUCCACAAUGGAUGUGGGUGGUGCUUCUCGGGGUGGUCGGAGACGCCAGAGGCAUGAUCGAUCUAGUGACGAGUUUGCACCCAAUGCUCCUCGCAAGUCGGUCACUUCAAGAAGGAAGAACAAGGAAGUGAGGGAGAACUACAAGGCCAUGGAUCCAGUGUCUUAUUCCGCUCUCCGCUUGAAGAACUGGUAUGAAGAUUUGCCAAGAGAUGAAGAGAUAGAGGGCAGGAGAUAUUGGUGCAUGGAGCAAAUGUACAUCUACAAGGACAUCUAUGAGCCAAUGAAGAAUCUGAGACCCAUGCAAGCCAUUGAUGUGGACAUUCUAGCUGAAAACGAUCACUUUGAAGAUGCUAUCUCGGGUUGUUGGAAGAAUGGGCUUGAAAGAUAUCAUGAAGAUUCAAUGUGA